CAAUUGCCUGUUUUCAGGCAGAAAAAAGGACUUAUUCAACAACAUUCUUCACACUUUGCUGCAUCGCCAACAUGUUUUGUUUAGUUUACGACAGCGACAGAGUGGCCGCGAUAUAACUGAUCCCGAUUUUUGUCGUGUUUGGCCUGUUUUCACCGUCAGUGUUGUUCGACGAGUGCGUGGAAUUUAGCGGCGCUGCUAUAUAUAUUAAAACCCAACAACAAAGCCAGCUGUCGAUUUAAAGCCACCCUCCGGGAGCCAAGUGGCGAGUAUGGCGCAGCACGAUUGCUCUCAUGUCGCCAGUUCUCAGAAGGCUCUCAUGCUGGAAAUGAAAAGUCUUCAGGAAGAACCCGUCGAGGGCUUUAAAAUAACACUGGUGGACGAGGCUGAUAUGUACAACUGGGAAGUGGCCAUUUUUGGACCCCCCAACACUCACUACGAGGGCGGCUAUUUUAAGGCUCGGAUCAAGUUCCCUAUGGACUAUCCUUAUUCCCCGCCGUCCUUCAGGUUCCUCACCAAGAUGUGGCAUCCCAACAUAUAUGAGAAUGCAGACGUGUGCAUUUCCAUAUUGCACCCUCCAGUGGACGACCCGCAAAGUGGAGAACUACCAUCAGAAAGAUGGAAUCCCACCCAGAAUGUCCGGGAGACAAAAACAAAAUGGAAGAAUUUGGAGUUUUUGCUGUUUUUGGAGAAGAUGCACCGCCGCAACGGUUGCUGAGGUAAAACGUCUCAA